GUGAAGUGCUCACCGAAGCCGUUCUUAUUUAGGUACUGUGUGUGUGUGUGUGCCCAAGGUUCUCUUGUGUGCAUCGCCGUCUCUUGCUCUGUAAAAGCGGCUCACUGCCUUCAUUUCAGACACACACGAAAAGAAAUCGAAACCACCACCACAAGAGAUACCCCGCACAUACACAUUGAUUCAUUCACUACACGCAUCGUCACUUUUUUUUUCCACUGCUUUCUUUGCAACCCUGAAUUCCUUAUUUUUAGUUUUCUAAUCAGAAAAAGAACUGCUGUAUUUACAGAAGACGACGAAGACGUUCGCUUGCUGGUAUUAUACGUCUCAGCAAGCGCCCCGCAUCGGACCCGUGACGACGAUCUUCAAAGUUGGUUACUACUAGCUGCGCCCACAGAACACGGCCGGACUACCUGACGUCUCUCUUCGUUUCUUUCUUUUUUCACGUUGUGCGGUGCUGCUGUGUUUCUUCAUAUAAACAUUUAGUGGCAAUUUAAGCAGCAGCACGAGAGAAAGGGCGAGGGCGAGUGAGUGAGAAGGCGGCAUCUACAUUUUCUUUUUUUCUCGUUUUCUCUUCUCCAAUUCACCUGUAGAAGAACGUACACCUUGAUAUCUCUUUUUUUUUUUCACUCUUGACUUCCGACUUCAUCGACUGUGCGCUUGUUAUUGUUAUUAUUAUUUGGUGUACAGCCCUACAGCUGCCGUGGGCUUUGUCUCUCCAUCUUUUUCUUUGGGUACAACGACGCAUCACAUCGUUAUCUAUAUAUAUUUCUGCUGACUUUUCAUCUCCCUAUUAUUAUUACUAUUACUAUUUUUAUUUUUAUUGUUGUUGUUGCUGUGUGGCUUUCCACGUUUUCAGUCUGAAGCAUUUUCUUUUUCAUUUUUCCAUCAAUCUUUCUACAUGUGUUUUUCUUCUCUCCGGCUGACACACUUCUUUAUUUUUCCUUUGGUAUUGAUUUCGUCCCCCUCUUUUUCUUCCUCUGCUUGACUGACCGUUUCAUCUUCUUUUUCUGUUUCUCUCUUCACCCGUUUGUUUUUCGGUCGGGGGGUUGUGUGUCUUCCACACGCUCGCACCUUCUCUCACUUCUCCUGUUUCCGUUACUUUCUGUGUUUGUUUUUUGCUGGUGUGUGUGUGUGUCUUUGCUGAGGGCGUUGUACGGCGUGUUGCAUUUUCGACCGUUUUUGUUUUUGCUCUUGCGGUGAACUCAAAUCAUCAUCAACGACAACAAAACAAGCCGAAUUCAACGGCUAUUCCUCAUAUUUUUUCUUUUCCCGCUUAGGACUCCACUUCUCCUUCCUUUUUUCUUCUUUUUUUUGUUUUGUAUAGGCGGUGCUGUUCGUCUGAGUACUAGAGCAGCAGCAAGAACAGCAAAAAAAACCCCUAACCAACCGCAUUCCUCAUCAUGGGAGGCGCGAACGGCGAAUCCGAGGCGGCGCAGCCCACCAACGGCGGUUCCGUCGCGAGCCCGGCAGCCACCACCGAUGCGCCGUUCGCCGCCUCGCCCGUCCUCGCGCGACCUUUGCCUUUUUUAUCGGUUACCUACCCCGUCAUAAUGGCCACCGCGUCCCUGCAGAGUCUUCUCGCUGCAGUUGGUCAUCUUGAAGGGGAUUUCCGUGCCAGCGGGGACGCCAUCGUAGCCGCGGCGCAUCUCUCCACCACACAUGCGGAAACUCGCGCGAUGCCGAAGGCGCCCUCCUCCUCUUCUUCAUCUUCCACGGACGCAUCGCUGCUCGCCACCCUCGACUCACUGGCGAGUGCUACGACACGCGGAGACGCUGAGGUGAGUCGGGAGCUGACGUCGCUGCGCCGGUGCGUGGAGGCGCUCACGCAAGAGCUGCACGACCUCGCCGAGUGCUACCCGAAACUGCAGAGCUGCGCGGCGACAAUGGCGGGGGCGCAAGGGCGUGCGCCGUCCGUCUCGACGCCGAAUUCAGUUCGUGCGGGCAACAGCGUCGCGACACGCAUGUCCAUCAGCGGGUACUCGCCCUCUGCCUCGGCUGUGGCGGGCGCGGCAGCUGCACCCGCCACGCCCGGCUCCUCUCCGCAGCGACUGUCGUUUGUGACACCGACGGCAAGUCCACAGCUUCAGCCCGGCAGCUUCGCCAGUCGCGGCGGCAAUGGGGGCGGCCUCGGGGACUCGAUGCGCAGCCCCGCAUCGAUGAUGCCCUCCGCGACGACUACGCCCGCCAGGCCGGCGACGCGUUCCGCGGGAACCACCGACACCCCAGCUGCUCUCACGCCCGCCGCUCGGCCGCUGUCGACUUCACCGGGCCGAACAACCGCAGCGGCGGCGACGCAGCCGUCGAACGCGGCCUCGCCCACCUUCCCGUCUGUCGACUCUUUCGCGGAUCGGGUGGACCUGCAGCACCUUCCCGCUUCCCAACUCCCGUCCACCGCGUGUGCGGAGAGCGUGAAAACGUACUUGGCGAACUGUGUCGAGUGGCCGCCGCGCCCACGCAAGCGCAAUGUGCGUUCACUUACCCCACGCCGACACGGGCGUGAUGAUGGCGAUGACGAUAACGGUGAUGACAGCUGCAGCGAGAAGCACGCCGCGACAAGGAAGGGUGCGAGGGAAGAGGCGCAGGAGGCUGCAGAGGAGGACGACGGCUUUCAUACACCGGCGACGACCGCCUCCCGACAGGAGCGGGACGACACAAACGGCGGUCGUGCGGCCUCGCGUUCGGUGGUGGCGGUCGGGCAGCGACGCUGUGCUCGCAGCGACACCGACAACUUCUUGCGGCGGCUGACGGAGGAGUCGCCCUACGACAUGUCGAUGCUGUGGGCCGCCUCUCGCUCACCCGACAGCAGCAACAACUUUGUGCACGGCGGCUCCCGGGCUCCCAGCCAGGGCAGCAACUCUUCCGCGGAUGAAGGAGAGGGUGAUCCGCCGCGACGUGUCUCCGCCUCCGAUGCGGCGGCUCGUACUUCCAACGGCGGUGGUGGCGCAGGCCCGAAGGGGAAGCGGAUGCGUAGCCGCCCCCCUCACGAGACGCAGCGCAUUACGGAAGCGACGAACACGGGCCUUCGUCUCGGCCGGCCCACGAUCAUGGAGUCUGUGGACGCGCUAGUUCUGGCGCAGCUACGGUCCGACGGUGUCCCGCUCAGCAACGCGAUGACGCGUGAGUUGCGUGGGUGCCCUCCUGCUGCUGCUGUCAUGGGCGGUGGCGAGAAGGACCGUGUGCGUAGAGGCGGGGGAACGGACGGAGAGGCGGCGAUGCACUCCUCCGGUCCGACAGCAAGCGACAAGGACAGGAACGAGGAGGAAAUGGUGCCCAUGACGGUAGCGACAGCCAAAGCACCGAACCAGAAGCGCGAGCAGACGGUGGAUGGCAACGAUGGCGGUACGGUGGAGUUCGCCGAGGUGCUGCAGGAGGUGCGCGGCCUCGUGCGUCGCAGCAGCGCUGGGUUACCGGACGGUUCUGCUGCCGCCCCAAUAAGCUACGCUGCCGCACCACUCACGCCCCCCCGCAAACAGGAUGCAUCCCAACCAUCGUCGUUCUCGCCGCUUCCACUUUCACGGCUUCCCGCGACGGCGGCGUGGUUUGAUCAGAUCCGCGACCUGUGCACGUUGCUCGACGACAUGGCGUCGAAUCCCUCUCUCGACCGAGGCAGCCGCCGCCGCAGCAGCAGCACGGAUAGUGGCGCUGACGGGGAAGUGGAGAACCACGACAACCAAGACGCGGCGGGUGGGGAGGCCGGCGAGCGUGUCGGGCGUCGUUCUUACACUACGACGACGACGACGGCCACACGGGAGCGCAUGUCCCUCAACGACAACUUCCACCGGUCCACUCAGGCGUCUACACGGCCGUCAUCGUCGGCCACGUCGUCCGACACGGCCACGGCGGCGAGCGGGAACGACUUCUCGUUCGCGGACGAGCUUUUUACUUCCGCCGAUGAAGCCGAGGAGGGCGAGCGCGAGGAGGAGCGACAACAGCCGCCGCCGCAGCAUGCGGCGCCGUUAUCGUCGUCGGACCCCAGUGGCGGCCCGCAACACGGUGUUACUGGUGCUGCCUCUCACUCUGCACCGCCGCCCACCGUGUACUCGUCCAUCGCGGAUGAGCCGUCGGUGCAGGGAAGCACCAGCAACGACAACACGUACUUCACGCAGGGCAGCAUCCCCACCUUCAGCACCGCCACACCACCGAGUGCUCCGCCGACAGGGUCAGUGAUAGCGGCAGAAGCAGCAGGAGAGACAACUGCUCCAGAGUCCGCGCCUGCCAGUCGUGAGCUGACGCACCUCACCGCCUUCGAAGACUUCUGGCUGGAGAGAGGCGACGUCACCGUGAGCGGGACUCCAUCGAGUGAACUUAUGGGAACGCGGAAUGCUAGAGACGUUAGACUGCCGGCUGGUCGCGAAGCGGAAGAGGAGACGUCUCGUGGUGCCGUCACAGCAGCAGCAUCAGCAGCGGCGGCGACAACAGGUGAAGACAGAGGCGGAGGAAGGGGGGCCGAGCUGCGGCCAUCACCCUCACCACAUGUGUCGCGCGGCUCUGCUGUCCGCACGCCGGCGGCGCGUGCGUCGGCGCAGCGAAAUCAACGCCCAGAGCGGCAGCAGCGCCGCAGUUUUCCGCACGGGCGCGGCGCUUUUCUGCGCGAGCGCUACGUGUACCUGCUGGAGCGCCACGGCGAGGACCCGACGAACCGUUCGCGUCGUGCUGCUGCCGCCGUCAUCGAAGGCAAGGCGAAUCCGAAGAGCACGCACCGAGCACGACUCCUUGAGGACAGUGCGUCAAAGCAGCACGUGCGAGUGCCGCAGGAGAGCCGCGCGCGUCUUCUCAACUACAGCGCGGCCGCGCGCGAGCUGCGUGCGCUCUGCGCCUUGAUGCACACGGACCUGACGUUGUUGACGACGCUGCAGGAGCUAUCCAAACUACUCACCUCCACUGCUGGUGGUGCCACGGGGUUGCCUCCCUGGCCGACAACACGAUCCUCAAACAUAGCGAGCCAGCUCUCGAUGUCACACUUUUCAGAGUCCCUCACCGCCGCCACGCAACUGCUGCUCUCCGUGCAGGAGCAGGAGAUGAUGCAGACCCGAAUGCGGAAUGAGUUGCACCUGCGGGGCGUGACGCGAAGGGAGACUGAAAACACCCCCGUCGUGACCCCGGCGUUGUCAGCGGCGAGCUCUGCCGCGAAGCCGGCAACGAUGGCGUCGCUGCUGCUGCUGUCGUGGCAGCACCCGGUGAAUGCGUUGGGCUACGCCCCUCUCUUGGCGCAAGUUCUUUCCACCAGCAACGCCACCGAUAGCAACACCGGUGCAGAGCAGGAGGACACGAACACGCAGGGCAAAGAAAGUCAGCCUGCACGCUACCUCGCGACGGUGACGCCUUACCUUUUGGCGUGGCAGUCGCAACCUACUGAGGACGCAGCUUCCACCCUGCAAUGCAGCACGCCCUUCUCGUUGCCGCUGCCGGUGUGGGCCUACGUGGAGGCUGUCACGACGGAGCUGCUCGAGGAGGCGCGUAAGCUGAACGCCUUGUACGAGCUCUUUGUCCAGCUGCUCGUCGAGGCGACGGCGACGACGGCGACGGCGGGCGGCCGGGGGAGCAUCCGCGGUGGCACGGCGGAGCGUCUCCUCCACUACGUCCGGCGCAGCGGCCGUGCCGUGCGCAUUUUCACCAACACCGGCGUGGCGGGGGCGCGGCUCUCUACCGACAACGGCCUCGAGAAGUUUGUCGCCCCCGUCAGCACGCACCUGCUGCGCUCCUUUGACCGGCUGGAGUCGCGCCACCUUCUGAACAACGUCUUUCACGACGUGCACAUCAGCGACGUCGUGGCGCGCCGGCAAGCGCGGAAGCAACAGCUGCAACAGCAGCACAAACAGCGGCAGCAGUUGUCGUCGUCACCGUCUCUGUCGCCCUCUUCGCGACCGCCACAGCCACGUCCUGUUGUUGCACUGCAGCGCCGAUCUAGCAGGGCUACGGAAGGCGGCGGUGGCGGAGGAGGGGGUACGACAGCAACCGCAGCCACAGCCGCAAGCGGCGAUGAAGAGGAAGUGCUCGACAGCUUCGUCUUGCCCCCUGGCACUCUCUCCUCCUCCCCGGCGCUGCGCAGCGCUGCGGGGGUGCAGUGGAGUAUGCGUGAUGCGGAGCAACAGCAGCAGCAGCAGCAGCAGUCAGGGCGGAGCAGCACUUCUGCAGGGCGGGAGUCUAGUGAGGCUACCCCCCGCCGCAGCGGCAACAACAACGAGGAGGAGGAAGACGACGCACCACUGCCGCGGCGCCGCGACGACGGCGACUCUCCACCCAACCCGCGCGGCGGCGGCAGCACACGACGACGGACCAGCCGAUCUGACUCGACCAGCAGUGAGUCGCGACACGUCAUUAUUGAAGGCUUUGUGCGGUACCUGACGAGUGGGAUGGAUCGUCUACGCGGUGGCAGUGGCCGAGGCGGUCGUUCGAACGAGGAGGAGGGCCGCGGCGGCAGCAGCGAGGGUGGCAGCUCUCCUUCGUCGAAGGCAGCCUCGCAGAGCCAUCCGCCGCACCAGCAACAUAGCGGGUUAACGCUCGACGUUCCGCACACCUCCUCCCUGCUGAAGGAGCAGGACGGACGUUUGGAGAAGGCCACGCUGAACUUUGCGCUGAUUCGCGCUGUCAGCAGUGACUUGCUGACCCAGGCGCUCGUGGAGGAUGUGCUGUGCGAGCGCGGCGGGCUGCGCGCUUUUGCGGAGCUGCGAGCGAUGGAUGUGUCGCGGCGGCAUUACUUCAACGCGCACGCCGCGGCCUUCACGAUGCAGCCAACCUCGUCGUCCCUAGCCGCCGCGCUGCACAGCAACUCUGUGAGCGCGACGUUGACCGCGGGUGUGCAGUGCAGGUGGCAGCCGGUCUUUCAAUCCACCAUGUGCUUCUGCCCUGUCACGCGCCGCCGUUGCCUGGACCCGCUUGUCUGCGGCGCCCUCCUCGUCCUCUCCCCCCUACCCCCGCAGGAGAUACGGUAUCCCGUGCCAGACCCAGAGACCUCGACGACGGACCAGAACGCGACGCAUGCCUCGCCCAACACCGGGGCACCGCCCGCGCUGGCCGGCAGCAGCCCGUUGCCAUUCUCGUCGACCAUUCUUGCGCUGCGCAGCGGACUGGAGAGAGCGAUGUCGGUGCGCGCCCUCGGUGGUGGCCGCCCCACUCCGAGCACCUCCGUACGAAGGACCGAGGCAGGACGGGAGGGGCCGGCCUCUCUUCCACAGCCGGCCGUCAUCGUGGCAGGCCGGACAGCCACGACAACGACGAUGCGGACGGUGUCGGCCGCCACGCCGUCUCCACCUCCGCCGCCGCCGCUGCCGAACUCCACCGCGGCGGCGGUAGCUCGUGCGAUGGCCGUCCCCGCACGGGCGGACGUAGUGCUGUCGAACUUCCCUGCUUCCUUUCUUCGCCGGAUGCGGGCGGCAUCGGAGCGGGUGGUGAUGCCGCGCAUUCUCACGCAGACUCCGACGACGCUCUACUCCGACUCCUCCGUCGUCGCGGGCGAAAGUGAAAACAACGGUGAGUACGACGAGGAAGAGGAGGGGGACAGCGAGGCGGUUUUGAUGGAGGGAGACGAGGGGCUGCCGGCGGCUGCGCAUCGCGCCUUGCGAGCUGUUACGCUGCAGUUGGACAGCCCACCCAUCACGCGCAAUCUCUUGCUGUCUCCCGACGCGCUGCAGGCCCGCUGGCUGAACCCGCCGACACUGCUGCAGUGCGGGCAUGUGGUGGCGCACAAGACGUAUCUGGACCUGCGCACGACGGCCCGGCGGACCACCCGCACCGCUGCGCCACCGACGACGACGGUUGUCUGCUGCCCCUAUUGCAGUAAGAUCACCCCCGCGAAGGACGCCUUGACCCUUUCCUACCUGUAUUGA